UCUUCUCUUCUCUUCGUUUAUAUAAAUAAAAUAUGGGUCUACUCUUGCUAGACUCUAGAGUAUAAGACUAGUCUCUCUCUCUUCUAGACUCAAAGAGAGAGACAAAGAAAGAGACUUGUUGCAUAGUAAAACAAAGCAAAAAAACCCAAACCAAAGCUCUUGGCUUUUUCUCUCUCUAUAUUGAUCCCCAUAUUCAUCCCAUCACACCAAAAUUGGGUUCUGGGUGGGUAAAAAACCAAACACCCACCUCAAAACAAGAAGAAGGCGCUGCUUCAGAUCAGAAGGGCAUUCCGGUCAUUGUCUCACCUCCAUGUUCCCCUCCGGCGCCGGAGACGUCUUCAGGUCCGGCGGAGGUGGUGGGUUAUGGUCGGCGGCGCCGUCGCACGUGGCCGUCGGCGUGACGGUCUUGGCCGGGCUGGCUGUCGUCAUGGCCUUGUUCUGCACUGCCUCUAGGGUUCGUCUUAAGUCACCAUGGUCUCGCCGGAAAAGAAAGCACGCCCUUUCACUUCAGCAAUGGAGACAUUUUUUCACACCAGAUGGAAGACUUCGCGACGGUGGAGUCAAAUUGGUGAAAAAAGUCCGUAGUGGGGGUGUUGAUCCAAGUAUUAGGGCGGAGGUUUGGCCAUUUCUCCUUGGAGUCUAUGAUUUAAACAGUUCGAAAGAAGAAAGGGAUAUAGUAAGAUCUCAGAAAAGAAAGGAAUAUGAGAAACUGCGCAGACAGUGCCGUCGGGUCAUAAAGUGCAUCAAUGGGAGCUCUAAGUUGAACGGGGACAGUUGUCCUGAGACAGAUUCUCCUUGCUCUGAGGAUGUGGUUAGUGCCAGGGAGUCCCUUUCUAGUGAAGACAGAAUCGCAGAUUCUGAAUACUCAGAUGACCCUUCCACUAUAUUGUUGGAUGGAGAUGAUACUUCAAGACGAAACACAAAUGCUGAUUCCAAAGCACUUAACUCUGACUCAUCUGACUCAGACUCUUCUGUAGAAUCUGAGGUGAUUCAGGCUUGCCCCUCAUGUGAAGAAAAGGAAAAGAAUGAUUCUGACAUGACUACCAAGGAUGAUGUAUCUCCCUUGAGGACAGAAGUCCAAUCAACGCUAAUCAGUGAGGAUUUUAGCACAUGGAAGCGGAUCAUACGCCUUGAUGCAGUACGAACUAAUGCAGAUUGGAUCCCUUACUCCCCAACUCAAGCUGAAGUAUCAGAGGAUAGGGCACGACGGUCUGCUGAGGCUGUUGGGUUGAAGGAUUACGAUCACCUGGAGCCUUGUAGAGUUUUCCAUGCUGCUCGACUGGUUGCUAUUCUUGAAGCAUAUGCACUGUAUGACCCAGAAAUUGGUUACUGCCAGGGUAUGAGUGAUCUACUUUCUCCUAUAGCUGCUGUAAUGACCGAGGAUCAUGAGGCUUUCUGGUGUUUUGUGGGUUUCAUGAAGAAAGCUCGACAUAAUUUUAGGCUCGACGAGCUAGGGAUCCGAAGGCAGUUGCAUAUUGUUUCUAAGAUUAUCAGAUGCAAGGACUCCCAUCUUUACAGGCACUUGGAGAAGCUUCAGGCUGAGGAUUGCUUCUUUGUUUAUAGGAUGGUGGUUGUGCUAUUUAGGAGGGAGUUGACAUUUGACCAGACAAUAUGCCUGUGGGAGGUAAUGUGGGCAGAUCAAGCGGCCGUUAGGGCUGGGAUUGGAAAAUCUGCAUGGAGCAGAAUCAGGCAACGAGCCCCACCAACGGAAGAUUUAUUACUUUAUGCAAUCGCAGCUUCAGUAUUGCAGAAAAGGAAGUUGAUAAUAGAGAAGUAUAGCAGCAUGGAUGAGAUCAUUAGGGAGUGCAAUAGCAUGUCUGGGCAACUUGAUAUAUGGAAGCUUCUGGAUGAUGCACAUGACUUGGUGGUAAACCUUCAUGACAAGAUAGAGACAUCCAUCUCUACACCAUCCCUUAGCUAAGUUUAUACUUCUUUGUUAGGGUUCCUUUUUGAAAUUGGGUUCAAUCUGUACUUUGAACUCCUCUCUUCUCUUCUUCUUUCCUUUUCUUUUACGCAAGCACCCACAAGCUUAAUCGAGUCAGAGUUGUGCUACUCAAUUUUGCAUCUUCUGACUACGAGCAUACUUGCAGUGGAGGUGGGCAAACAUUCAAAAAGAUUAAUUAUUUAGAUUUAUCUGUAUUGUAAUCCUCGUACUUUUAUACUUGAGUUUCCUAGACAUUACAGGUUGCAGAUAAAAUGCCUGUAUUGGUUUUUUACCACUAAUGUACUAUUACUACAAUACCGGAUGAGGAAUACAUCAAGCA